AUGGAAUCGAAGGUCUCUGAAGGCGGCCUGAACGUCACCCUCACCAUCCGGCUGCUGAUGCACGGCAAGGAGGUUGGAAGCAUCAUUGGAAAGAAAGGAGAGACUGUGAAGAAGAUGCGUGAGGAGAGCGGGGCGAGGAUCAACAUCUCGGAGGGGAACUGCCCUGAGCGAAUUGUGACCAUCACCGGCCCCACUGAUGCCAUCUUCAAGGCUUUCGCCAUGAUCGCCUACAAAUUUGAGGAGGACAUAACCAACUCAAUGAGCAACAGCACUGCUACCAGCAAACCUCCGGUGACGCUGAGACUGGUCGUGCCAGCUAGUCAGUGCGGCUCGCUGAUCGGCAAAGGAGGCUCCAAAAUCAAGGAAAUCAGGGAGUCAACAGGUGCUCAGGUUCAAGUGGCGGGGGACAUGCUGCCCAACUCCACGGAGCGGGCGGUGACAAUCUCGGGGACACCCGACGCAAUUAUCCAGUGUGUCAAACAGAUCUGUGUGGUGAUGCUGGAGUCCCCACCAAAAGGUGCCACCAUUCCCUACCGCCCAAAGCCCGCCUCCACCCCUGUCAUUUUUGCAGGUGGUCAGGCCUAUACAAUUCAGGGACAAUACGCUAUUCCACACCCGGAUUUGACCAAGCUCCACCAGUUGGCUAUGCAGCAAACCCCCUUUACUCCCCUUGGACAGACCACCCCCGCUUUCCCUGGAGAAAAGCUGCCCUUACAUUCCUCCGAAGAAGCUCAAAAUCUGAUGGGCCAAUCAUCAGGUUUGGAUGCCAGUCCCCCGGCCAGUACUCAUGAACUCACCAUUCCCAAUGAUCUAAUAGGCUGCAUAAUCGGACGCCAAGGGACCAAAAUCAAUGAAAUUCGGCAGAUGUCGGGAGCACAGAUCAAAAUCGCCAAUGCCACGGAAGGGUCAUCGGAGCGCCAAAUUACCAUCACAGGAACCCCUGCAAACAUCAGCCUCGCGCAGUACCUCAUCAACGCCAG